UUUGGACAACGAAGAUAUCGAAAGCUAUAAAUUGCUGCCACUGGCGAUGCAAUAGCUCUGUGAUUUUUACCAAAAAGUAAAAGAAUGAUUUUCUGUUCAACUUACAGCGGGUCGUGUAACUGUGCGGAUCUGCAGCAUAAGACAGAAAAAAAAAUCUCAUUUAUCACGUAUAAGUAUCACUAAGGAGCGGUUGAAAUGCUUCUGUGAACGUAGAUCGUUACUAGUUUGCCAAUUGUGUGCAGUGUCACCUGCUGACCAAGCUUUUGAAGGCUGUCUUAAGCUUGGUAAGGUCAGAUACUGUCGAAGCUACGAUCGAACUUGUCAGUGAUAGCAAUGGUGGAGCCAACGUUGGUGCAAACGUCGCCAGGCCAAUGGCCUUGUUAUCCAGAGCUAGUUUAUUAUAAAAACAUUAGCCGGGAUGCCCGAAAGAGAGGACCUAUCAGAGCUAUCUUCUGCUUAAUUAUUGCGCUUACCGUGUAUGCAGAUACAUACUACUGCUCAAUAGUCAAUAGCGUACUCUUUUUACCGCAACAUGUGAGUUACUUAAAAUACGCCAUAUGCGGCUUAAUGUUGGUCUUAUGCCUUGGACACUUCGCUUCGUUUACUUACGUCCAUAUCGUACCCGAAUGCGAAAUUGAGUACAGCCGCGCCAAACUUCUUAACAUCUCGGAAGAUGAUAAAGGUUUCAAAUUGAAGCCCGAUACGCAAACCGUGACACCGUCGUUAGCGCCAUGCACAGAUGUGGACAAAUUCACUGCAGACAUGUUUCGUUUGCCCUCGGAUUGCCAGCCGCCUGAUACAGUUGGCAAUGACACUUCGAUUGACGACCCAUGGCAGUUUCGACAAUACCAGCCAGGUAACAGAAUUAGUAGACUGACGGAUCCUGCCUACGAUACCAUUAUGCAAAGAACCAUCGAGCCAAACUCGCGCGCGACUGAUUGGCACCUUGAAGAUGAAAGAAGUGCCGACGCGUUUGUUCGCGAGCGAAGUCACGAAAUUGACCCGCUUAUUGGCUAUACGUCUGAAACAAGCUAUUACGAUUUCAGUAUACUCGGCAGAAGAAUGCCGAUAUCGCUCGCUGAUGCUGGGGUCGAGGCAGUGCAUCGACUCUAUCAAUUUCAGCCGUACAAGCGUGCAACAGAGAUACUUGACAAUAUCGGCCAGGUGUGUCCCGCCAGCGUUCAAUGCAGCUUGUUUGUCCUUGACCCGUUUCAGCUCUUCGUAUUAAAUCGUAAUCUUCGUUUCUGGUUCCAUAUCCGGGUCUUUAGCCCACUCGUUGAGGAGAUAACAAAGGUCAACACAAAUAUGCUGAACUGUGGUCUAGGCACACCGAAUUUAAUCGGCGUCGCUAGUGAAGACCAGCUGAAGUACCUAUAUCAAACUCGGCCGGAUUUGGUUCCUGGUCUUGAUAAAAUAAUUCCCUUCCUACAGUUUACCACUAACCAAGAAUACCUCGUGAAUCGCUAUCGCGAUUUUUGCAUAGGCGGCGCUCUGUCGAAGGUGAACUGGAGUCGAGGUAGCGGUGCGUGGAACGAAAAUCUUCCUACAGAUGCCGAACUUCUUAUGCUCGCAUUUUGCACGUAUAUGGAUGUACGCGUGCCGAUAGACGCUGACUAUCUAGAGGGCCGAAGGUUCACACAACAACACGUGUACGACGCGACGAAAGAAGCUGAAACUAGGCGAACCGGUGACGACGAGGUGCGUAUGCACAAACUGUCCAAAAGACCUCCUCAUUAUUCGUUGCAGAUCAAACACGAAAUGGUCGACGUCGGCCCGGGUUCUGCAAACGUAUUCAAAGUCAUUUUCACGUUUCUUUUCUACCAGUACCAUUUUAACAACGGGAGAAUAUGCAAUAUGCCUAUGGAUGCCUCCGGAUUUGAUGUUGCGCAGAUUAUCCGUAUGCGGAACGUAUAGGAGUACUAAGUUUGUUACUGAUGCGCGAUCGUGUGCAGUCGUUGGACGAGGUUUUCGUUGUAUUUGAAAACCUCGUCCAACGAAAAUCGAAGGGUUCACUCUUGCCUGUAAAUUAGAAUGCAAAAUUUGGUCGAGACAUUACCCUCACGCAAACGUGCCAACCUAAACACAAGAACGGGUAAACAUUUUCAAACUUCUACAUACUCUCCUACAAAAAUGGUCAAUGCUAUUGAUCAUUUUUUUACUUUUAGAAACAGCACAUAUUUCUAAGCUUUAUCAAUUCAUUGUGAUAACGUGACAUAUGAAGUUGAAAUAAUUAACAAGGUGGACAAGCGUGACUUCUAUUUUAAAUUGCAUAACUGCUAUUAUAAUCGACUGUGACAAAAAAAUAUUGACCACUAGUCAUGUGGUAAUAACAGCAAAUAUCUUGAAAUAAUCAUGGUGGAUCAUUAUCGUCACCGUUGCUUUCGAAGGGAUUGGAUAUUGGAGGCAAAGGUCUGCAUGGGGACAGAAUGUGGACAAUUGACGACUAAGAGAAAUAUCAAAUAAAUGAUAAUGUUGAACAAGA